CUUAACAGCUGUCAUGCAUGGCUGUGAAGUCUCUCGCACACCUGCAUUUUACCUCAGUUUACGUUUAGCAAUAUAAUAGAGUAGAGGAAAAUUGACGGUCUGUAGUAUGCAGCGGAAGUUCCUCCUGCUUGCGACUGCGUGUACGGGCGUCAUGUGCUUGGUGACGAUGCUUCAUUGGAACAACCAAGUCCAAAAUACGCCGGUGAUGUGGAGAAUGAACAAGUUAAAUAAAGUGCAAAUGGAGAUUUUAGACUACAUUGACCGCCUUUACUGUAAGGCCUUCGACGUGCUGCCAUCUGGUGGAUUUUGUGUGAAGGACUCAAAGACGUUUAGUGGCGGGAAUUUCCACUGGGAUGGCAAGCUUUGCAGGGCCCUGGAGGACUUGUUCGGACACGCGACCGUGGCUGACUUUGGCGCCGGUCUCGGUCACUACGGCCAGUGCUUCCUCAGGAGCAACGAGAGUUUUGUGGAAAGCGAGGACGAGGCCGAGAUGACAGACUUGGCGACGAACUUUGCGCGGGAAAUGGCGGACGCGAAUCUCACCGGUAGAGGGCAGGUCAUCCGCUCGUGGAAAGGUUGGGACGCCGCGGCCAACGUGGCCCGCCUGAGCCGCGGCAGGAUCCAGCGGCUGAACCUCGCGCGCCGCGUCGACGUCGGCGAGCAGUUCGACUGGGUUCUGAGCCUCGAGGUCGGCGAGCACAUUCCCAGGCAGCACGAGGGCGUCUUCCUGGAUAACCUCGCGAGACACGCCUGCACAGGCAUCGUCUUGUCGUGGGCCGUGCCAGGCCAGGACGGGUACCACCACGUCAACCCCCGAGAGAAUAGCUACGUUAAGGCGAGCAUGGCAAAGCAUGGGUUAGUGGCCGAUGAAGAGGCCGAGAGGAAACUACGGGAGGCUGCUUCGCUGUUUUGGUUCAAGAACACGCUCAUGGUUUUUAAGUUCCCGGAGAAGAAGUGUUGAAAGAAGGAAGAAGAAAAGAAAAGGGGGGAGGAAGGGAGGGGGUUAAGAAAGC